CGCCCACUCAGCUGUUUCCUCAACCGUCCAUAGGUAAAAGUUUUCCUCUGUCGCGCUACACUAACUUAUCUACUUCUAUGUAGCACACCAAAACGUUUCUAAACGUUAUUCAGAGGCCCACUCGUCCAAACCUCCGCAGGUCUCAGCCAUGUCUCUAUCGGACCAGAGCCAACAGUGGCAUCCCACCAGCGUACAGGUAACUGUGCUUCAGGCAAGAAGCCUGAGGAUAAAGGGAAAAAAUGGCACCAACGACGCAUACGCCAUCAUGCAAGUGGCCAAGGAUAAAUUCGCUACAUCGGUGGCAGAAAAGAGUGUGGCACCGGUGUGGAAAGAGGAGGCCACGUUCGAGCUGCCGCUCUUCCACAACGGUAACACAGAGAAGUGUACGUUGCAUGUCCACGUAAUGCACCGGGCUCUCGUGGGAUCGGACAAGUUGCUCGGGCACGCAGUCAUCAACCUGUUGGAGCUCAGCGAGGUUAAAUCCCGCAAUAAGACUGAAUGGCAUAAGCUGUUGGAUAAGGCAGGCAAGCCAGACAAAGACAGGGGAGAGGUGCUGGUGGACAUCCAGUUUAUGAAGAACAACCUGACAGCCAGCAUGUUCGACCUCUCUGCUACAGACAAGCCGCGCUCCCGCCUGGGCAAGUUCAAGGACAAGGUUCGAGGCAAGAAGAAGGAGGGUCUGUCGGACUCGGCGUCUGCCGUGGUGCCGUCCUUCACCCAGGUUCUGACGGACAGCGAGGGAGAGGGGGAAGGGGAGGGAGGUGCAGACAAAGAAGAGAAAAAGAAGAAAAACAAGCUGAAGUCUCUGUUUUCCCCCAAGUCUAAUCUGCAGCGUCACGGACUGUCUCAAUCCAUGUCUGUCCUGGGCCCUCUGCCGGAGAAGGACUCCUCACUGAGUGGCAGCCCCUCAGGCCUCAAUGAGGACUCCUCUGAAGGUAAAAAUAAAUUCAAGUUUCUGACCCAUAAGCGCACAGGCAGUUCCGACAGUAAGGCUUCUCAGGGCUCCCUGUCUCUAGGGCGCUCUAAGAUCCAUGCCCCGCUUGCAGAGCAGAGUAACCUGUGCAUCAACGGCAGUCACUUGUACACAGAACAUCCCCAUCCCCGGAGCGCACGCACCGGCUCCACCUUCAGCCUUGCCAGCUCAGGCCACGGUUCCAUGGAAGACCUACGCAGGGCCCAGGGCCGUAAGAGCUCCAGCACCUCCAUGGACUCUCUCACGGCCCUGAAGCAGCCCUCACCCUGUGCAGAGGGGGAGAGCAGCAGGGCAGAGGAGGAUGAGGAGGAGGAGGAAGAAAGAGUUAAGAUGGAUGAGAUGAAGAGAAAGGAAGAGCAGGAGAGAAAGAAGUUAGAGGAAGAGAGGAUGGGGAAGGAGGAACAAGAGAAAAGGAGGAUUGGGAAGGAGGUAGAAAGACUUAGGUUUGAGGAGGAAGAGAAAACAAGGAAGGAGGAGCAGGAAAACAGAAAGAGGAUGGAGGAGGAAAAGAUUAGGGUUGAGGAGGAAAGUAGAAUGAUGGAAGAGAGGAAGAGGAGACUGAAGGAGGAGGGAGAGGAGAGGGUAAAGAAGAAAGAACAGGAAAUGAUUAGGUUACAGGAGGAAGAAGAGGAAAGGAUGAGGCGAGAAGAGCAUGAAAGAAUGAAGAGGGAGGAUAGACUGAGGAAGGAGGACGAGAGGAAAAUGAGGGAGGAGGAGGAAAGAUUGAAGAGGGAGAAAGAGGAGAGGAUUAAGGAGGAGGAAGAAAGGAUUAGGAGAGAACAAGAGGAAGAAAUGCAAAGAAGGGAGGAACGGCUGAGGAAGAUGAGGGAGGAGGAAGAAAGACUAAGGAUGGAAGAGGAGAUGAGGGAGGAAGAAGUAAGAGUGAAGAGAGAGCAGGAUAGGCUGAGAGAUGAGGAGAGAAGAAGGACAGAGGAGGAGGAAAGAAUUAAGAGGGAAGAGGAGGAUAGGCUGAGAAAGGAGGAAGAGGAGAAGAGGAAGAUCAGGGAGGAGGAAGAGAGGAUAAGGAGAUUAGAGGAGGAGAGGCUGAGGAAGGAUGAAGAGAGGAAGAUCAGGGAGGAGGAAGAGAGGAUAAGGAGAUUUGAGGAGGAGAGGCUGAGGAAGGAUGAAGAGGAGAGGAAGAUCAGGGAGGAGGAAGAGAGGAUAAGGAGAUUAGAGGAGGAGAGGCUGAGGAAGGAUGAAGAGGAGAGGAAGAUCAGGGAGGAGGAAGAGAGGAUAAGGAGAUUAGAGGAGGAGAGGCUGAGGAAGGAUGAAGAGGAGAGGAAGAUCAGGGAGGAGGAAGAGAGGAUAAGGAGAUUAGAGGAGGAGAGGCUGAGGAAGGAGGAAGCAGAAACAAUGAGGCUUGAAGAAGAAAGGGGCAAUGAACAGGAGAGGAGUGAUAAGGAGCAGAAAGAAAGAUUUAGGGUAGAGGAAGAAAAUAUGAAAACAGGGGAGUUGAGACAGGAAGAGAAAAGGAGAAAUGCACAGAUGCAGGAAGCGCAAAGGCGUGAGGAGGCGAGGGCACCGUUGGAGGAAGUUGAGAAGCAGAUGGAGCAGUAUAGCGAGGCAAAGGUCACCGUGUGCAAUAAUCCUUUUGAGGAAGUCUCUCCCACCAGUUCAUUUGAUGACAGCUCUUCAAAUAAUCUGUUUGAGGAGAACCCUAUGACCACUACUGGACCCAUCAGCUGCCGGAUAAAUAAAGUAUCAGCAGUCAAGCCAAGACCCUCUUCAUGGGGGAACCCUUCAAAGCCUGCUAUAUCUUCCAACCCCUUCUUAUCGUCCUCGUCUCCUGAACUGGAAAGUUCUAUGGACUCCCCCAGAGGCGCAAAGGAAAAUAGAGACGCUAUUGACCCGUCUACUAAUCUGAUGGAGAAGAAAGACCCUGCCCCUGUGGCUCCCAUCAAUCAGCCCUGGGCUCGUAAGGACAACUGGUCUAGUAAAUCUCAUUGUGCCACACCUACCCUCGCUAAAACAAAGCCAACAAAACCGCCCCCUCCACUCAGAUGUCAAUCUUCCACUGCAUUGGUGGGAAGUGGGGAUGACCAGGGGAGUGUUAGUGGUAAGGACCAUUCCAGUGUCAGACAGGAUAAGGGCCCUGCUCCACUGCCUCCAGACAACCAGCGAUGGGCUCAUAAGGACAACUGGCCCGGUAAGUCCAACCCUGGUUCUGCCACUCCUACCCUCACCCAAAAAACGCCAACAAAACCGCAGCCUCCUCCAAGACGCCACUCUGCCACGUCAUUGGUGGGAAGCGAACAUGACCUGCACUUAAAUGAGAGUGUUAGUCAGGAUGAUUCCGGUGUCAGGAGGGACAAGCGUCCUGCUCCACUGCCUCCUGACAGACCAAACCAGGCUCCAAGCCAGACACAGAGGGACCAGAGUAUGACCAGUGUGAAUCAGGGACAUAAGGACAGAGUGGGUGCCUCCAUGUCCAAAGUUUCUCAACGUGUGGUACAGAUGAUCACGCCGCUGAGAUCUUCCUCCACAGCUACAACAGAGCACAUCAGUGGAGGCCAGAGCUCUACCCACCAUGGGAACCAAGCAGAGGAACCCAUGCCAUCAGCCACUAGGGGGUUGGUGGUUGCAAAACACAAUAAAGGUCCAGCACCCUCCAGGCCCCAGCACCUUCCAGGGAAGACGAUGCCAACAGUUGAUGUGUUAGAUGAGCAAUCAAAUACUGAGGAACAUGACUCUUCGGUUGAGUUUGGUCCAAAUAAUCCCUUUGCAGAAGACUGCAGAAUGGAGAAGUCCUCUGGAUGUGGUGUAGAACAGAGUCUAACUGGUGAGCGCCAGGGGAGCCCAGACUCUCACAAUCAACAGAGUUGUACCUCCACAGAUGCAGAUCUAGGUCCGUUUCAGAAGCGUGUGGUUGGGGACACAACUGAGCUUCCAACGCCAGAUGUUCUGCCAGCCGAGGAUGUCUCCUGUCCCACCAAAAGCACAUCAGCGAAGCGGGCCCGUGCUCCCUUGCCUCCAGUGAAGAUAACAUCCACCUUUAGAGAGGAGGGAGCUGGUAAACAGAGUUCUGGAAAACUACAAAGCCCAGGGGCUCCCACUUCGAGUAAGCUUUCCUCAGGUAACUGGGUAAAAAAGCAGAAUGGCGGGGUGGGUGUGGCACUACCAUGUGUUACACUUGCCCAGCCCCCAUGUUUCCCCUCACCUGCCCCCUCCUCCAUACCCCACCCCGAGCCCCUGAAGGGAUCAGGGGGCAGGAGAGACUGCCCUCCCCAGACAACAAGCUCUGUCCCUGGCCAGAAGACCCUGCUUCAUGCUGAAGCUCUGCCCUCCAUUACAGAGCAGUACAGUGGAGAGGAGGCAGGAGGGAGAGGGGACAGGUCUGCCUCAAGCACACGCAGGCCCCACCCAGUAAAGCCCUUGAGUUCCCUGGAAAACCAGCCAGCUUCCAACAUCCAUGAGGGACAGGCUGGCAAAUCUACAGGGAUCCUCGGUGGCCUUCAAGAGAAGAUAAAGGUCAAAGACACAGAGGUCAAAGGUCCCUACUCCCAGCUGACCCAGGAAGAGCUGAUCUCCCUGGUGCUAAAGCAGCAGGAGCAGCUCUCCAAAAGGGACGAUAAGAUUAAGGAGCUGGAGCAGUACAUUGACAACCUGCUGGUGCGCAUCAUCGAGGAGCAACCCAGUAUCCUGAUGACCAUGAACUCACUCAAAUGAGUGUUCCUAAUCAUUCAGAGCAGGGCUUUACUAAAUCUGUGUAUCUUCCUCAAUGCACAUGUAUUGGGCUGGUUGAAUAUUUCAGUCUGAAUUCACCUGACACCCAUGUACAGUAUACCAUACCAAGCACUGGCUUACUGUUUCCACUGAACAGGUGCACUUUUGUUCAUUACAUUUUGAUUGCUCAUUACAUUUUGACUGAAGGAUUUUGUAACUUUAUGGUGUGUAAAGACAGUAUAAGAACAACAAAGCACAAGUUUAAAUAGGCCUGUGGGAAGUUGCCUUGUGUUUUUGACAGAUUUUUCUUAGUAUUAAUGUUUUGAUUUUCUUGCAAUGAGUAUGAUAUUCUAUGAAUGUUUUGAUUUUCUUGAGCGGAGUAUCAUAUGAAGGUUAAAUCCAGCGCAAUGACACUGAAUAAUAAAUAAUGAAAGCUCCAACAGAACAGUGGAGUUUGCAUAUUUGGUAACACUUUAUGUAAAGCAGACAGACUGGUAUAAUAAGGUGUCAUACAUGCUUAUGACAAGUAUUACAAUGAAUUAUAAUCACAUAAUGAGUAAUACCUGUUGGUAAAGUGUUUGUAUUGCUUGUCUAUGAGGUACAUAUAUUAUUCCCUGAUACUGUAUAACUCGUAUAAAUGUUGUACAUAUUGAGAUGUCCUUUUCCUAUUGUCAACUUCAUGUUGAAUCACUGAGGAGGAAAUAAUUGAUAAGUUGCUAGUCUUAAGAGAUAAACAUGGAUUGAUCAUUAUUACAAUUUAGUCUACAGAUAAGCAAGGUUUACUGGGAAGUGUGGACUAUGCAAUGAAUCGAGAGUGCAUUCAUCAAAAGGCAAUCUCACUGACAGGUGCACCUCUGGAAACAAAUUGCAUGGGUGUAACCUAUAGACACCGUUCAAAGUGGCAUUUCCUUGUGAAGAAAGCUAUUGAAAUUCAGAGACUUCUUAAACCAGCUACCACUGGCCAUAGGUAGAUACUAUGACACAUCUUGCUACUGUAUGUUGGUCUGUUUUUGGUCAUACAAAUUAUUACUGUAUAGUUGGGUGAAAGUUCAUCUCGGGACACCCAGAACUAAAAUCUAAUGUAUCCCACGUAAUUGCGUCAAACGCUCAAUUACAUCUGUCCACGAGAGAUUAGGUGAAAGUCGGAACGUUUAUAUUUGAUCCAUGUAAAGCCUAUUUUACAAUGAUAAAAUAAAGACUCAUUUUCAAAAAAUCA